CAAAUAAAACUUUAUAAAUAGAGUUAUUUAUAAUUGCCAUACAACCAAAUGUAGUUGAAGAAAGUUAUCAUUGAAUUUUUAAGAAAAUUUGGCGCGAAAUAUUGUCAAAGUACUAGCGAGGGGGUGAGCGCGGGGAUACGCGUGCGGUUUGAUGCAUCGCUCGCGUCUCGCGCUUUUUAGUGUUAUACGUGACCUUCAAUUGCGUUGACGCUAGAGACACCAAUUAUGGAUUCGCGAGGAAGAUGUAUGGUUAAAAUGUGCCAGAAGAGAGAAGAUUCAUCUGAGGACGAAAAUAAGACAAUCAAGAAACAGGACCAAAGUACCGUUAUUGUCAGCCCACAAAAACAUAAUGUUACAACAUGCCAAAAAUCACCGUCCGAAAUGAACAAAAAUGUUUGCAACGACAUAAAUUUUGCUGUUGAUAUAACGAUAGAAAAAAUGCCGGAUGAGUUGUUAGUUUCUGAUGUUCCUAAGUUUCCUGAAUAUGAGGAAUUUAAGAUUAUUACAUGUGAAUCGGCUCCAGCAUCAAUAAAGGCUAGCGAAAUGAUUACUAACAACAUGAACCCACCCCAAUCAGCACCUAUGCCUGUAAAUGUCAGUCCCAUGUCUUUAUGUAGCAGCAAAAUUAAUUUAAAUGAAGAUGACAACAUAAUAUUAUACAACUAUAAAGAUCGCAGUUCGCCUAUCAGAGGGUCAAGUCCCAUUUCGGGUAUCGAACCAAUGUCACUUACAACUGAUGAAGAACCUUUUUCUGAUUCUGGAUCUUCAUGGAUUCCGGACACAGACGAAGAAAAGAAAACAAAACGAAGACGUAGUUCUUUAAUUAACAUCAAUCAUACAACGGCUAAGAAGAAAAAAAGAGUUGAACGUAUAAACCCCAUUUUAUCGAGUGAUUCUGAAGAUGAAACAGAUAAUAUCAUAACUGAUAGAAGAAUCAUGGAACAAAAUGUGAUAAUCGAAUCUGAAACAACAGAUUCAGAAAUAGAUAUAACAGGAAAUAAGGAAGAAAAAAUCUUCAGAUGGAAAAAAAAAAAUAAAAAAAACUGGAUAAGAAAUAAAGAGCUGGAGAAGAAGCGAAAAUGUUUGCCAUAUAAGAGUAAAACUGGAAAGCUUCGUGCAGCUAAAUCACCUAAAAACCCUAAAUGCAGCAAAAAUUGUCGCCAAAAAUGCACAGAAAAGUUUACACAAAUCGAGCGUGAGAUAAUUUGCAAAUCCUAUUGGUCUAUAGCAUCAUAUAAUCUGCAAAAAGAGUUUUUGCUUAGGCGCAUAAUCAUUAAGCCCGUGCAGACUACAAGAAAAUCUGUAUCGAUCGACAAACAAAGAAGUUCUAGCAGAGUAUAUGGUUUCUAUAAAGGUAAGACUGUAUUUGAACGAGUAUGCAAGAACUUUUUUAUGUCUACUCUUUGCAUUUCUACUGGUCCAAUCGAAACUGCAGUAAAACACGUGGAUGAUCAUGGUGUAUUUUCAAAAUUGGAUAAUCGUGGCAGGCGAGCGCCUGCAAACAAAACUCCUGAAGAACAGAUACAAGAGGUAAAAAAUCACAUUGAAAGUUUUCCUGUAAUUGAUUCCCAUUACUGUAGAAAAAAAACAAACAGGAAAUACUUAGACCCUACCUUGUCAAUAUCAAAAAUGUAUGAUUUGUAUGUGCAGAAAAUGAAAGAAAUCAAUAAAUUGCCUGUAAAAUUAAACAUUUAUAAGAAAGUGUUUGGUACAGAAUACAAUUUAGCGUUCUAUCACCCCAAGAAAGACCAAUGUAGCACGUGUAAUAAUUAUAUAAAAGAUAAAACCAAUAUAAAUAUUCAAAAUGAGUAUACUCAACAUAUAGAAAGAAAAGAGGCAUCUUAUAGAUCUAAAAAUCUGGAUAAAAAGAAGUCGGAAGAAGAUAAAUCAUAUUUAUGUGUCACCAUGGACUUGCAAAGUCUACUGCAGAUUCCAUCGACUGCAGAUAGUCUGAUGUACUAUUCCAGAAAAUUAAAUUUAUAUAAUUUAUCUAUUUAUGAGUUUAAACCACCACAGAACGAUGCUCACUGCAUGAUCUGGACGGAAAUAAACGGAAAAAGAGGCAGUGUUGAAAUAGCAUCUGCUAUUUAUUUAUGGAUAAAGAAACUCCCCGAGGUUUUAACGCACGUCACCAUUUACUCCGACACGUGCUCGGGACAGAACCGAAAUCAGUACGUAGCAGCAUUUUUAUUGUAUGUAGUACAAACGCAUGAGACAAUCAAAAUAUUGGAACAGAAGUAUCUAGAAAGUGGUCAUAGCUUUAUGGAAGUAGAUUCAAUGCAUAGUGCCAUAGAAAAAGAAAAAAAGUAUACAGACACGUAUUCUAUAAUAGAUUGGAAGGGAAUUAUGCUACGGGCAAGAUCAAAAAGACAAAAUAAAAAUGCAACUCCAUAUAAUGUAACUGAAUUGUCAUACCAAGACAUGAUUGAUGUAAAAGCACUUGCUUUGAAAAUAAUUAAAAACAAAACUAUAGCUGAGAAUGGGGAGAAAGUGUGCUGGUUGAAAAUAAAAUGUCUCAGAUUUGAAAAGGAAUUACCCGGUUUUAUUAAAUACAGAUAUGAUUACGAUGGGCCAUAUAAUUUACUAAAUACUCUUUGUAAACCAGGGAGAUUGACUAGGAGAACUGUAAACUCUGAAAUGCCAACUUUAAAUACUGAAGAUCUUCCCCGGGCAUAUAAACAAUGUCUUCCUAUAACAAAACUAAAAAAGAAAGACCUUUUACAGCUCUGUAAGAAAAAUAUUAUUCCGAAAGAGCUUCACGGCUGGUACGAAAGUUUACCAUGUUUAAAAGAAGACCAGGGUACACCAUGCUCCACUGAUUCAUCUGAAGUCGAUGAGUAAGCUUAGAUUAGCCCCCUACUCUACAAAUUGAUGGUUUUAAAACUUAACAGUCUGCGUAAAAUAGAACAGGGUUUUGGUUUUUGUGUUGUUAACUUAACGUGAUGUUGAUUUUUCGAGUUGUUUUUUAAUAAAUUAUGUUUAUUUUGAACUAUACAUACGCUGUGUUUGAAAUAAUGGGUAUGUUUAUGUCUUUUUUACUUAAUAUUUAAGUGUUGAUUAGGUACAGGCAAUUCAAUUGUUUAGAAUUCUAAAUUAUGUUCUAUUUUGUCAAAAAGUAUUUUUAGCUCUAAGUAAAUAGAUAAUAUUACAUGUUGUUGAUUGGUGUACUCAGUUUUCCUGAUAAGUGUCAUAUUAUUUUAAGUAUGAGUUUUAUUUAAGUUGUGUUUUACUUGCCUAACAACAUUUAAGUAUUUAUUAGGUACAGUAGUUUCAAUUGUUUUGAAUUUUAAAUUAUGUUUUGUUUUCUUAGGAAGGUAUUUUUAUUUAGUUCUAAGUAAAUUGAUAUUAGAAGUUGUUGAUUGGUGUACUCAAUGUACAUAGUAUCUGAUUAGUGUCAUAUUAUUUUUUGAUUUUAUUGUGUUUUACUUGCCUAAUAACGAAAUGUUUUUAGUGGAAUUGUGUUUCUUUCAAAAUAAAAUUUUAUUAAUUUCGUUAUACAGCUUUUAUUUUAAAUGAGACCAAUAAUAGUUAAAAAAUAAAUCUAAGUAA